AAACAUUGAUCAGUAAAAUAAGUACAUCAACACACAUUUAGCAGUUUUCUAUCAACAUUCUUGUCUUGCAUCAUUUCCAGUAGCAGCUUUUUACCAUCACACAUUUUUAUAUUCCUCAUUGUUCUCCACUAAAGCAACCUGCUGACUGAAUUAGCUGCACAUGAUCGUUUCAUUUACUGCAGAAGAGUCGCAUGUGGCGUUAAACUCCUCCUUUUAUGUAACAGAGCUUGAAGCAGAAAGUCUUGACAAAGAGAGUUUAAAACCACCUUCAUACCUGUUAACUCUGACUGAGGUGUUAGUUUUUCUUGUGCCGACUCACACAAAGAAAGUGUGGAUAUGUUAAACUGGCUUCAUUCUUCAGUUCUUUCGUACAUAACAAACCUAGGUAACUGAUCCUGUCAACUUGCGAGAUGUUUGCUUCUAAGUCGUUUUUCUUCAGAAUUGGUUUGCAGCUCAAACCUGUGGCUGAAUUACUCAAAUCUCCCAAUUUUUUUUAGCGUAGAGUAGUUUUACAGUGUUUACAAUGAGCUGGUGUGCUCCAGCUGCAGCAUAGUGCAGUGUUUUGUUUUUUGCUGUUGUUCUUACUUUUAUUCUUCACAUUUUUUUCUACAUAUGAAGCAGACUUGAGGAAGCGCACAAAGAAUUCCAGUGUACCUCUACUGUAAUGCACUCCUGUAAAUGUCAAUGAAAACUUGAUUCUAUUCCUAAUUUAAGCCAUUUUAAUGCAGGAAUUUAUUUGAUUUAUUUUCAGGGGAAAAAAAAUCUUCACAUGAAGUUUUGGGGUGAAUCAAUGAUUGGAGAAGAACUUUACGGAAUCGCGUCGAUUACCAAGAUUAAAUUUGGUGUCCACACUUGAGCUUCUAGCAGGAAGUUGUCAGUUCAAAAUUAUCAGAAGAUUUUAAAGUAUUCCUACUUUAUUAAAAAUACAAAAUCAUUUUCUGAUUUGCUCUGGUUUGUCCACAGAAAAAAUAUACAUUCCUCUACUUCAGCUUUUUUGGGCUCAUCUGAUGAAACGACAAAGGGAGUGUAAAGUUUAGAUCUUCAUGAACUUUCUACCAGACAAAUCGGCAAUUAGCUCCUAACUUGACAUUUGUGUGCAACGUAUAUCAAUUACUUGCAGCUGCUCCACAGCCAAAGCCCUACAGCUCAGAUGAUUCAUUCACUUCUUGAGCACUUUACAUGUAACUCAACUCAUAUUUUAUGCAUAAGCACAGUGUGAGAGUUCUUAAAAGCAGUGUUACUGGGUUGCCUGGUAACAAUGUGCUAAUGCUGUUUCUCAUUUGUGGCGUUUAAACUACAAUAGAUGGCAGUAAUGGUGUCAUACUAACAAUACAUAUAAAUUUAAAAAAUGGAAUAAUAUCUAAAAAAAAGAGCCAGAAAUAUGAGAUAUUAGAGCAUCUUCCACCCUUAAUAAACCGUAUAACAUGCAUCUGUGUGGAUAUAGAUCUGCUAAUGUUGUUAGAAAAUGGUGUUUGUCCAUGUUUCAGGUUCUAUGCAGCAGAGAUCGCCAUCGGCCUUUUCUUUCUUCACUUGAAAGGCAUCGUGUACCGAGAUCUAAAGCUGGACAACGUGAUGCUGGAUUCUGAAGGCCACAUAAAGAUCGCAGACUUUGGCAUGUGCAAGGAGAACAUGUACGAUGGAACUACCACAAAGACUUUUUGCGGAACACCAGACUACAUCGCUCCAGAGAUCAUAGCGUAUCAGCCUUAUGGGAAAUCAGUGGACUGGUGGGCAUUUGGAGUGCUGCUUUAUGAAAUGCUCGCUGGACAGCCGCCGUUUGAUGGCGAGGAUGAAGACGAGCUGUUCCAGUCGAUCAUGGAGCAUCACGUCUCUUAUCCUAAAUCCAUGUCCAAAGAAGCUGUCGCUAUCUGCAAGGGGCUGAUGACCAAACAUCCAGCUAAACGUCUUGGAUGUGGUCCAGAGGGCGAGAGAGACAUCAAGGAGCACGCCUUCUUCCGCUAUAUAGACUGGGAAAAAUUGGAGAACAAAGAGGUCCAGCCGCCUUUCAAACCAAAAGCUUGUGGGCGUGAGGCGGAGAACUUUGAUCGCUUUUUCACUCGCCAUCCCCCAGAGCUGACCCCCCCAGAUCAGGAGCUUAUAGCCAACCUGGACCAGGAAGAGUUCCAAGGCUUCUCAUUUGUUAACCCUGAGUACCCUCACACGACUCACUGACUAUGUCAAAAACCACUGCGCCGAAUUAGUAAUCCCCUAAACCUCACAAGCAUCCUGCACAGAAACAACAAAAACAACGUCAUAUCCAGGCUGCAUUCGGCAGGGCGAAACAUCGAAGAAAUGACACGAUAUUUUGCUGCUUUAUUUGCUUUCUUUCCCAAAGUGCAAUAAGCAGAAUUAUGUCAGCCCCAUGUGGGCAUAUUAGAUAUGGAGGCUGAGUCGGGAAAUGAUUUGCUUAGCUUAGCAUAAAGCUUGGAAACGUCUGGAAACCGCUAACGUGGUCUUCUCAAGGCUCAAACAUAUAGCAACCAGAACUAAAGCUAAUAAUUAGUCUUGUUUGCGUUCCAGAAACGCAAAAACCUAUGCUAUGUUAGGCCCAAAGAGCUAAUUCAUUAACAGUAGCUGCACAUGCCAUUGAGUGAGCACUAAGAAGAAAAUCUAUCAGCAUUUACUGCACAUGCUAACAGAUAAGUACAAAAGAACCAACCAUUUGCAUUAGCAGCACAUGCCAAUUGAUUAACGCUAGAGAGCUGAUCCAUUAGCAUGUGUAGCUAAUGCUAGUGGAUUAGCUCUUUAGUGCUUAUCCAUUAGCAUGUGCAGCUCAUGCUAAUGGAUAAGCACUAAAGUUCAAACCACUAGCUUUAGCUGCACAUGCUAAUGGAUUAGCAUGUGCAAGUACCUAAGUGCACUGUGAAUCUAGUUUGUUUUACCUGCGCAAGCAGCUGCACAAAAGGUCUGGGCGGACAAAUUAAAGAAUGGUUUCACCACAUAGUGCCUCCGAACACUGUGAGAUUUUUCAGUGACCUGCAAGAUGACGUUUACAUCACGGACAACGCUAGCUGAAGAUUUCAAUAAGCUACUUUUCAUUUCAGGUUGUCAGCAGAAAACAACAUAAGAAUUAAACCAUAGCGAAAAAUACUUACUUAUCAACAAAUCAACAUGCUAUCCCAUCGCUGCGACUGAAAUAUUAAAGUUAAAAGCUUCUCCAUCAGUGUCAUUUGUAUAUUUGCUCAUUAGCAAAAGUUAACAUGCUAACACACUAAUCUACAAUAGUAAGCACUACAGACAUUUUAGCAGCUAAACAUCAGUAUGUUAGUGUUUUAAGUGUUUUAGCAAUUUAGUUUCUGGGCCUCCAUAGCGCUGCUAACAUAGAUGUAGCUUAAUAGUCAGAUUCUUCUUCUAGACGGUGUGCACAUUAAACAAAUAAAUAAAUUACAACAAAUAAACAAACAAAAUGUCUAGAACAAACCUUGCUCUUUCCCUCCACCUUCCAGUCCUUUUGCUAAGUGAAGCUAAUUAUCUCCAGGCUGCAGCUCUGUCCCGAUCAAAUGACUGAUAUUAAUCAUUUCAUCUGACACUUGGAAAGAAACCAGAUAAUACCAACUCAUCUCUUUAAUAAUGUUUAGAUAGAAACGCAGGCGCCUCAGAUGAUAAUAAUCAUGAGAUAUGAAUGUGUCGAGGUGCCAGUAGGAGUCCAGUCCUGACUUUACAGCAGAUUAACGUCACUCCUCUGGAUUGGUAUCGUUAGCGCAGAAAUGUGACUCUCUCCUGAAUGCUGUCCGGCAGGUUAAUGUCCGACCUGCUCUGUCUCUGUGUCGCCCUCCCUGUUAUUGGUUAUUGACUAUGACACCCUAUCAGUGGUAUUGACGAGUGUACUAUGAUCACAUGUUGGUAAUUCAUACAGUGUAAAGUGAAAACUGGCCGAUUGCUUUGCUAUGAUUGUUUGAGUAAUAAUCAGUUUCCUAAUGUUGACUUUACAUUUGUCUAUAGGACCAAAUACUUACAAACUUUCUGUUCAGUCAGUGUUGUGGUGAGCUUACCUGCAUUUUUUUUUUCUUUUUGCUGAUUAAAUUUUUAACCAGAGAACUAAAGAUCUACAGUCAUCAAGACGUUAAGUCUCCGUCAAGUUAAGAGCUCAUUUCUGACAGCAUUCACCACAUUACACAGUGUUUUUAACGAUAGAGGACAUAUCUCUUCGCUUGUACACAAGCAUUUUUUGAAGAAUUUCGUGUAUGACGAAGCUGUUUAGAGUCUUGUGAAGCUGGUAGUUUGUGAGUUACAGACACAGGAUGUCCUAAAGUGCCAAUAAGGUUCAUAAUCACAAGGAUGUAAAAAUAAAAAAUAUAUAUAUAGUGUCCUCAACAACUGUGAUGAAGGGCAGCCAUCUUGUGCCAUUUUGCAGUACAUGUAUAAUAUUCUAAUAUACAUUAUUAGCUUAACUGUUCACCUACAAUAGAAAACUCUUGAAAAGUCAUUUUCAUAUCUGAAUUGUCUAAGUUGUAUUAUACUUUUGUAACUGUACGAUGCAGGGUUGUAAUGUGUCAAAUCUUGUUCUUUGAGCUCGUAUCAAAAAUAACGAGGAGGCGGCAGCAGAGCGACAUCAGAGAUUUGUUUUAAAAAAACGGUCCCUUAAAAAGACGAGGCACUUUUUGUGACGAUGGUGACGAAUCAAGGCUGAGAUAACAAGAUAAAAUGCAUAUAUUAAGUUCUGUAUCAGAGAGAUGUUUGGAGAAAUUGUUUCUGGAUGAGAGAGAUGCUUCUGUGGAUUGUGUAAUUGUCCUGUAUGACUGGAAACUGAUAAUAUACUCACUGGUGCCUACCAGAAUAA